GGGGUGUGCGCGCGUGAGCCCGAGCGGGGCUCGCCCCUCGCUCCCCGGCCUCUCGGCCCCCUCUGCCCCCCACGGCCGCUCCUCGGGGCGGGGGAGGGAGAAAGUGAGAGUCGGUGUCAUUGCCAUCCAUUGUCAGAAGGGGAGGAAACUGGAAUCCAGCAGCAGCGAGCGGCAGCUGGGCGGCCACAUCUGGGAAUGCAAAGCCGACCUCCCCCUCCUCCGCCUCCUCCGCCGCCACCUCCUCUCUCACCCGGGAUCACUUCCGAAACCACUUCGCCUUCAGCCCCUGCCUCGGCCAGAGGGAUUUAUUUCAUGGGGAUGUGUUCAAGGCAAGAGCGAAUUCAGAAGGAUAUCGACGUCGUGAUCCAGAAGUCCAGAGCCGAGAAGGACUGCCUGUUUGCAGAUUUCAGAUACUCAGACUCCACCUUUACUUUCACCUACGUUGGCGGCCCUAAAAGUGUAUCCUACUCAGUACAUGUAUCUGAAGAUUACCCAGACAAUACAUAUGUGUCAAGUUCAGAAAAUGAUGAAGAUGUACUAGUUACAACAGAGCCAAUUCCAGUAAUUUUUCAUAGAAUAGCAACAGAAUUAAGAAAAACAAAUGACAUUAACUGUUGCUUAUCCAUAAAAUCCAAACUGCAAAAGGAAAAUGGGGAGGAGUCAAGACAAAAUAGUACAGUGGAAGAAGAUUCUGAAGGGGAUAAUGAUUCAGAAGAAUUCUAUUAUGGAGGACAAGUGAGCUACGAUGGGGAACUGCACAAGCACCCUCAGUUGGAAGCCGAUUUAUCUGCAGUGAGAGAGAUUUAUGGCCCACAUGCAGUUUCUCUCAGGGAAUAUGGAGCCAUUGAUGAUGUAGAUAUUGAUCUGCAUAUUGAUGUGAGCUUUCUUGAUGAAGAGAUUGCUGUGGCUUGGGAAGUAAUUCGAACAGAACCUAUAAUUGUCCGACUCCACUGUUCACUCACACAGUAUUUAAAUGGCCCAGUGCCCACUGUUGAUGUCUUUCAGAUUUCCACAAAAGAGCGAUUUGGAUUGGGACAUCAGCUGAAAAAGAUCAUGCAGACAUUUGUUACACAGCAGUGGAAACAGAGCAAAGAAAAGUCCAAUUGCUUGCACAGUAAGAAGCUGUCAGAGAAGAAAGUGAAGUCCCCCUUGCAUUUAUUUUCUACCUUGCGCAGGUCGCCAAGUUAUCCUCCCCCUGGUUGUGGCAAAAGCAAAUCCAAACUGAAAUCUGAGCAAGAUGGCAUCUCCAAGACGCAUAAGCUGCUGCGUAGGACUUGUUCCAGCACAGUCAAGCCCGAAGACGUGUGCUCUGCCAAGUCACAUAGGACCUUUGGUCGCUCCCUGUCCAGCGAUCCCAGAGCUGAGCAGGCGAUGACAAUUAAAUCGCACAAACUCUUGAACCGUCCCUGCCCUGCUGCUGUUAAGCAAGAGGACUGCUUGACUCUGAAGUCGCAUAAACUAUUGACUCGAUCUUGUUCAGGAGACCCACGAUGCGAGCACACCGCCAGCUUGAAGCCCCACAAACUGUUAAGCAGAUCGUACUCCAGCAACCUUAGAAUGGAGGAGUUGUACGGACUGAAGAAUCACAAAUUGCUCAGCAAGUCUUACUCCAGCGCCCCAAAGGCAUCCAAAACUGAGCUUUUCAAGGAACCUACUGUGGAGGGCAGGAGGCUCUCUCUUACCUCAGGGCUUAUUGGCAUCUUAACACCAUCUUCAUCUUCAUCUUCCCAGCCUGCUCCAAAUGGUGCAAAAUGCAUUCCAAUACGAGACCGUGGCUUCCUAGUGCAGACAAUUGAGUUUGCAGAGCAGCGGAUCCCUGUAUUGAAUGAGUACUGUGUGGUUUGUGAUGAGCCACAUGUAUUUCAAAAUGGCCCCAUGCUUAGGCCUACUGUGUGUGAACGAGAGCUAUGUGUGUUUGCUUUUCAAACCCUGGGAGUAAUGAAUGAAGCUGCUGAUGAAAUAGCGACUGGAGCUCAGGUGGUGGAUCUACUAGUGUCCAUGUGUAGAUCUGCAUUGGAAUCGCCUAGAAAAGUUGUCAUUUUUGAGCCAUAUCCUUCUGUGGUAGAUCCCAAUGAUCCUCAGAUGUUGGCCUUUAAUCCCAGGAAGAAAAACUACGAUCGAGUAAUGAAAGCACUGGAUAGCAUAACUUCCAUCAGAGAAAUGACACAAGCACCAUAUCUGGAAAUCAAGAAGCAGAUGGAUAAACAGGACCCCCUUGCACAUCCUCUACUGCAAUGGGUUAUUUCAAGUAAUAGGUCACAUAUUGUGAAACUACCAGUCAACAGGCAAUUGAAGUUUAUGCAUACUCCACACCAGUUCCUUCUUCUCAGCAGUCCCCCAGCCAAAGAAUCCAAUUUUAGAGCUGCUAAAAAACUCUUUGGAAGCACCUUUGCAUUUCAUGGCUCACACAUUGAGAACUGGCACUCCAUCCUGAGGAAUGGUCUGGUUGUCGCCUCUAAUACACGAUUGCAGCUUCAUGGUGCGAUGUAUGGAAGUGGGAUCUAUCUUAGUCCAAUGUCAAGCAUAUCAUUUGGCUACUCAGGGAUGAACAAGAAGCAGAAGGUGUCAGCCAAGGACGAGCCCGCUUCAAGCAGUAAAAGCAGCAGUGCAUCACAGUCACAGAAGAAAGGACAGCAAUCCCAAUUCCUGCAAAGCCGUAACUUAAAAUGCAUAGCCUUAUGUGAAGUGAUCACUUCACCUGACCUGCACAAACAUGGAGAGAUAUGGGUAGUCCCAAACACAGAUCAUGUCUGCACACGGUUCUUCUUUGUCUAUGAAGAUGGCCAAGUGGGAGAUGCAAAUAUUAAUACACAAGAAGGUGGCAUUCACAAAGAGAUCCUCCGAGUAAUUGGUAACCAAACUGCUACUGGUUAAAAGACCACCAUUAAUUAACGUGAUUUGAAAGCCUUCCUCGGGUUCAAAGCUGGAUUUUGAACUGAAGAAGAUGACAAAAUAAUUUAUUGUUAUUAUAAACAAAUUCAACGCUUUGAAUACGAAUUUUUUUCUUCGCAUUUCUAAGUAUCUCAUUAAAUACCUAAAGUGGUAUAAAAUUUAUCAGUUGUAGGGUUAUGGAAUCUAGUAAUAAAAUUAAAACAGCACUUAAACUGAAGUUUGGGUUGCAUACACAAUAAACAGAUUGAAAAAACAGUUUUGUGCUGAUAUUUUUAUAUUAAAUUCUUUAAUUGGAUAUUUGGUAUUAUAUACCGACAUUUUAGGUUAUAAAAAUAGAAUUGAUAACAUUUUAUAAUGGCAUCUAAAUCUAUCAGAUACUUUGCAAUAAGUACACUGUUUGCACAUUCUGAUGUGCGAUAUAAUUAGUGGUAUGGCUAUUCAAAUGUUUUUGGAGGAAUAUUCUCCUAUAUUUGGUUAUAAAAAGAAUUAAGUCCUAGAAGCAAUGCUUUGCCAGAAUUAGUAUGUAAUAUACAUACAAGUGGUUUCAUGCAUCAAGAUGUAUGGCUGUGUAGAUUUGUGUGUAUAUUCAUACAUACAUAUUUUGACAAGAGAGAUGUUGAAUUUUCACCAUUCUAUCCUCACUCAAUGAAAAGAAGAUAAUAUUCAGUAAGAAGCAAAUCAACAUAAACCAGGAUAUGGGCUAAAUUUACCACCAUUCAUUCACAAGAACUGUUUGCGGACAAUUUUUCUAUUUGUUUAAAGAAAUGUCUCAUUGGUUACAAUUUAACAUAUUUAAAGUGUUACCUGUAAGUCAUAAUUUGGGGACUAUAGAUCCCCCGGUGGACUAAAUCCAUAUUCAAGUGAUCUUAUGUUUAAAAGAAAGGCCUCAGAAAUGAAAGAAAUAGUGUAUGCUUUUAUUUUCUACAAUGGAAUAUUUAAAAAUUUAUUUAUACCACACCAGCAUUUUAUAUUUGUUCAUUUAAUACCUCUGCUUAUUUUUUUCAUAUUGAGAAAGAAGACAAACCUUGAAGUUUCUUUUAUAUUAAAAGAAUACAAAUAAGUUUAUAGAGAACAGUAACACCAGCUCUCAACAUUUCCUUUUGAAGAAUUAUGUACUCAUCAAAAUCUAUUUCUUUGAGUCCUAGAGUUACUCAACUUUUAACUGACAGUGUUUAUUUUCCUACAUGAUGCCUCUGGAAUCAGGCCACUCAUGAAAGCAGUUUAAUUAGUGAGUGUGCCACUCUAUUCAAACCCUGAAUCAAGGCUCAUAUCUGAUUUUAAUUUAUAUAGGAAGAAAAAAAUACAAAUGUGUAACCAUUUGCAAGUGUAAUGUGAUAACUUCUGUGUUUAUUUCCUUUGUCUGGCAUGAAAGGUGAGGAAAAGGUCAUAGACAUUGUCAAGGGUUGUAGUUUAGGAAGUGUUUAAUAGUCAUUUGUUUUUCUUACACUGUAAAUAAUUGAAAGGACCACUUAUUCUGAAAAAUAUCUGAAGGAGGCUCAGAUAUGAUUAUUUUGAUAGUAUGUACUUAAAACAUUGAUCUGUUUUGAUUGGUGCCUCUGAACCCAGAGCCAAUCUGAGGGAUAAUGUUAAUAUAGAAGGGCUGGAUGAUGGCUGGAUGAGGACUCCCCUAGUCUCCCAACUCAUUGUACCUGUUUGGAAACAUUUUUAGGCAACUAAAUCAGUUUUUCAAGUUAAUUCUGUGGGACAUUUGAUACAGGACUUUGACAUGAUGCUGUCAUAUGGGAUUUGGGAGUGAUGGAUUAGAACCUCACCGAUUUGUUAGGCCCCUAGGCCCAGCCCUCUGGAAGCUCCGAGUGCCUCCCAGCACAAUUUAAAAACCACCAGACUAAUCCAUCCAGGAUUACUUAACAUUUGGGUGAUCUGUAAAAGAUACAGUAUUAGAAUCUAAACUGGAAGGUAAUUUGUAAUACUCCAGGGAAAUUAUUUAGAAGAAAGAAAACUGACAUAUUAAAAACUUUUAUUGCCAACUUAAAAAUAAAAGUAGAGUCACCCGUCUGAAGAAGGAAAGUUGUUAGUUCAGUGCCCAUUAAAUGUAACUGCACAGUAUACAUCUUUUCUGAUGCCUGUUAGUCAAAUAAGAUGUCUUAUAAUGAUCGCUAAUUGAGUUGUAGAACAGUACAGGAUGAUAGGUUUCAUUUCCAAGAUUUUAUCAGAACCUCUAUAAGCAAUUAUUUUAAGGAGAGCUGAUCUUUUAAUUGAACUUUCUGAAAUUGGGAACACCAUGGUAGAUUGAUGAAGAUGCUUAUCUAUUUGUCUAAAGAUAAACUCCAUUUAAUACCAUUAGUAAAUGAAUAUCAUGCUUUUAAAGUCCAAGCAGAUAUUUAGAUAUUUUAAACACUUAACAUGCCUUGAUUCAGUCGCCCCAUUUAGAUAUUAUGCCUUGAUUUAUUUGAUGACUCCAAACAUUUGACACAUUGUAUUGUAUUUUAAUAAUCAUUGGAAAUCUGUACAUUGAUGUUUUUUAAUAGCUGUAUUAAUUGUGUAGCCAUUUUUCUUAGAUAAAAACCCAGCAAGCAAAGGCAAUCACAUAUUUUCAUUUUUGAAAUAGGGGAAGAAGGUUCAUAAUUUAUUACUUCUCCUUUUUCCUGCAUUACUGGUUUUGUAAACAUUAUGCUAGGAAUAAUUUGUCCUCUUUCAUUCCAUAAAAGACAGGAAAAUGAUUGAACAUUUAAGAUAGGAAGAAAAGUAACAUGCAAAUAACCCAGUACUAUAGAAUGCAUUUAUAGAAAGGCAUUUUUGGUGCCAUAGAAUACAUUACAGUGAAAUAAAUUUUAUAUUUAUUGCUCAGUAAAUCUCAGUCAAAUAUUAGACUUGAAGGUCAUUUUUCAACUAUAAUUUUAAGAGUACCACAUCCUUAAAGUUCUUGUCAAAUACCAUGUAGUAUAACAAAGUAAUCCUAACAAUUGUUAAUUCUGUAAGUAUUCCUCAUUGAAGAGUUAAAAGAAGAAAUUUGUGAAUUUUUCUCUCCUUUGCUAACAGAGAAAAUCUUUAACAUGCAAGUCUAUAAAUCUUUGAAUUAAUAUCACUGAACAAAUUUUCACAGUACUUUAUAUAAUAAAAAUAUUUUGAAAACCAUAACUUAGAGCAUGAAGUUUAAGAAGUUUUCAUGAAAAAUUCACCUCCCUUAUAAGAGUUGGGACAACUUUCACCAGAUAGAGAUUUGUUAUAAACAGGCAUGAAAUGUUGGCCUCCUACCAUCUCAGUAAAUAUAAAUUUGUGGGUGGCAUUUGAAGCACAUUUUUAAAACUUUAUGAUGUUCUAUUGUCCUGCAGAAUUUUUCAUUACAACACUACCUCAAGACAAAGAAUAGACUGCUUGUUAAGGUAAACUGGAUUUCUAGUGUAAGAAAAAAGUAAAAUUUUACAAAUAGUAGUCAUCAAAUAAUUCACCAGUUAAGACCAUGCUGGACAUAGAUAUCAGUUACUUCUUAAUUCUACUAUAACAUGGAUAUUUCAGCCACGUGUAGUGAAUGACAUCAUUGGCCCCCUCAGCGAGUUAUUUGAAAGGAUUUCAAGUUGCAAAAUUGGAAAUUAGGUUUUUUUAAGAUUGGUUUUCUAUAUGUGCCAAUUUUACGUCCAUUCACCUACACCCACAAAUAGUUGCCCACUCUAAAGAGUUAAAGGAUUAAAAAUCCUAACUGCUAUACCAGAAAGGCAGACUGAACAUUCAAGUAUUUUGGCAUUUAAUGCCUGCUAAAUUUUUUGCCAGAUUAUAUAUAGAUUUGAUGUAUAUUAUUACCCAGUAAAUUUUUCUUAGGGAUUUUGUACACACUGUGAAAUACAGGAUACAGUUUUGUAGGUUAAAAGUAUUUCAAGUAGUUUUUAGACAAAACAUACCCAUGAGUGUGAAAAAGCUGUGUUGAAUAGAUUACAUUACACAUUUACCAGCAAGUUGGUAAAAAAUAGUGCUUAUUUACAUAGUCUACAUAAUUUAAUGUUCUAAAAAUAAUUUCUUCAAUUUGCCAAAUAUUUAAUGUAUCAUUUGAGAUUUAAAACUUGCAGCCACUCCUUUAUGUAAACAUUAAGAUAUGCCUAUGUUUCCUUAACUACACAAACUUCUUUACAAUACAUUUCUUGACUUGUGCACAAAAUAGUAUUGCAACCUGCUAUUUAGCCUUUGGUGCCUUAGAGUUAUUAUAAAUAUUUAACAAUAUGUACAUAAUGUAAAUACUGCCAAGAGAUCACUAAGGCCAAAUAUUUUCUCUAUUCACUUUUUAUUGCACUUGCUUUUUAUUGCUACUUAAGCCUCUUUUAUCCAGCUUUGUAAUAGUUCUAACAUUGUAGCCAAUGUAAAUGUUUACUUUCAAUAAAUCUGAAUUUGUUCAACAAA